AUGUCGAUCAAGCAAGAGGAUGCGGACGUGACUAAAGAUCGUCAACUUUGUGCGCUAAGACCAGCGCCAGACGCGCUUAAGUUCAAUCACAUCGACCAAUCAAGUAUAUCGUCCCAUGAGGAUUCAGAGGCACUGGAAGAUGAAUAUCAGGCGUUGAAGGCUCUCCUCCUUAAUCUGUCCAAGCAAUGCAGGCUCUUAGAUGUCUCGCUCAGGCGUGCAGAGCAAUGGCAAGGCGAGGCGGCUAAAUUGGCGGAGGCAAGACUGCCUGUUGUGCGUAUUGGGCUGUUUGGCGGUACUGGCACGGGCAAGUCUUCGCUUCUGAACUGUCUUUUGGAUUGCGAUAUUCUGGAGAAGAGAGGCGGCGGCGAAGCGUGCACGGCCUUUGUCACUCGAGUUGUGUGGAACGACGAUCCUAUCAUCCAUGGUCUCGUCACGUUCAUCACGCGGGAUGACUGGAAAUUUGAAGUGGAGACCUUCUUGGAUGUUCUUAGAGAUGGUGUAGCCAAUGGAGUGGAAGACGUUGUCGCAUAUGCGAAGAAGGAGGAGCCUCAGAUAUGGGCAAAGCUCGAUGUCCUAUACCCUUCACUUUCUGGUGUUCUGCAGCAUGGAACGACUGUUGAAGAUAUAUUAUCGCUCGAUCAAGGUCUUGAGAAUUGUUUCGGGAAAACCCUGGAUUACUACGGCGAAGACGCCGAAGACCUUGCGGAAGCCCUAUAUCUAGCUGUGCGACGUGCGAGUCAGGGCGACUCGGCCGAUGUUUUCAUUGAUACUGAGGAUCAGCAUCCGUCCUUUUGGCCCCUGGUAGCAGAGGUCGAGUAUCGGGUUGAUGCCGAGAUACUUCGUGGAGUCGUCCUCGUGGACCUGCCUGGUGUUCAAGACUCCAACGCCGCAAGAGAUCAGGUUGCUUUGAAAUACCUCGGAAAUUUGGAUCAUAUCUUUGUUGUGGCCAGUGCCGUACGGGCGACGGACAGCAAUCCGUUCUCUGGAAAACUUGGACCGGGAAUCAAACAGAUUCUCAACGCUAAUGGAUUCAACGUCAGCCUUGUGGCGACUCAAGGAGACCUCUGCCUGCUCCCUACAAAGAGCUCACUGACUGAUGAUGCCGCCACUCGUGGAGUAAAGGAGAACUUUUGGAACUUAGAACGCCAGAUCAAGGACUGUGAGAAGCUUCGCAAACAGCUCGAGGCCCAAAUGAAGCUGAAUGCAUCCGCGCUCAAGAAGUCCGGCAAAAAGCGGGGAAGGUCCCCAUCCGACAAUGGCGCUCCUACAAGCGCUCCGAGCAAAAGACGAGCCGUCCCUCCAUUAACCGAAAGAGCCGGUAUGGGACGCGCAUCAGCGCCCAACCGUGCGCAGGCGAAUGGCACUUCCAAGGAUUUCGAAGAGCAGAUGAAGGCGCAGGCGACACGCCUCGAUACCCUCCGGUCACAACAGGAACAGAGCCGGCCAUUGAUGCUUCAAUUCGCAGCCGUUGAGCGCCGCCAGAGCAUUCUCACGGCCUGGCCUCGUCGGUUUGUCGAUGCGAUAUCUGCGUAUACUGGCGAGCGCGGCGAGCGCACUCUUCCUGCAGCUUUCUACACGAGCGCAGAAACCCACCGCAUGCAGUCCUCUGAUGCAUCUGGUGAUGCGGGUAUCGUCUCAUUGCAGCAACACGUCUGUCAGCUUGGUCGGGAACGGAGGAAGGUGUUCUUGAGGUCAUUGACGAGGGACCUUGAGGCGCACGCACUUUCGAUCCGGGCCUUCCUCGAUGUUACCGGGCGGCAGUCGACCGGUUCCGACGGAGAUCAAGAGCUUGAUGAUGGUAUCGCGCGUCUCAUGGUUCGCUGGUACAGCACGUCUAUCACCAAGAUCGAGGAAGGUGAUCAUGGGAUCUUUUCGACUGCAUUACAGGCGUUCGAGUCCGUCUGUAAUCAACUGGAGGUUGAUAUGAUUGAAGCCCUUGGACAUGCAUUCGUCAGCUCUCUACGUGCGGCUUCCCAGACGGCAUCGGGCAGCUCUUUACAGACCUUCAAUGACCUCGUCAGCGUCAUUAGGUGGAAUACCCUCAUUGCAUUCAUGCGUCGCGAUGGUGUUUUUCAUUGUAACUGGAACGAAAGCAUGGUCGCUCGCAUGAAAGACGAUGUCUUGGGUGUUUGGACUCAGACCUUUAAUCAACUCGAUCUCUCGCAAGGGGACAAUGCGCGUAUACAGGAUCUUCGCGAAGGGCUUUCUGGCGUUCUCAGUCAGGUCAAACAGUCUGCAGGACAGGACGCCACACGCACCCUUCUUGUAUCGCGAGUGGACGACGUCAUCAAGGUGGCCGGCGCUAGCGCGGAGAACGCUAUAAAGACAGCUGUAGACGUAGCUCAGGCGAAGCUGACCCGCGGACAAAGGGAUAUUUCGCGAAGAAUGGCUGACAAGCUACAGGUAGAACUCACGGAGGCGUACGCCUUGGCCCGCGCCGUCGAACCCGGCACCGGAGUCGCCCAACGCACCAAGGACAGCUUCCGUGAGAAGCUCCAGUCGGGCUGCUCUCAGGUGUUUGAGAACGUCGCUGAGAAGACUAUCGAAGACGUCCAGACUUUGAUUCGAGAGGUUUGCACUGAUCUCCGCGCGGCUCUGUUCCGCUGUGCUGUCUCUAUGGAAAGCGAUAUAUCUGUUCUCUGGGCAAGGAUUGAGGGCGGAACAGGUGACGAGGAGCCUCUCCUCAGGCGAGCUGCGUCCGAAGCUGUGACCCACGUUCUUGACCACGUCGCAAAGUCACCCUACCACGGACCGGCUUGA